AUGUACUCACAGCGAUCUUCGCCACCGCCACUGAAGCGCUCACAUUCAUCUGAGAGCCAAAACAGUUAUGCCAGCGCUGCGACAACCGUGUCGCGCGCAAGCUCCAAGCUACUGUUUGGAGAGAUCCCACUGACGCCUGCGACAACCGUAGAUGGACGCUCAAUUCGUUCCAAUGGAUCCAUCUGCAACUUGGUCCUUUCAACAAGCUCCGUCUUCUUGCGCUUUUGGCUGAACGAUACUUGCCGCGACAAUGUACUGGACCACAUGGAGCCCGAGGACCUCUCCAACUUUCGCCUUGUAUGCCAUGACUUCUCCUCCAAAGCUGCCCCACGACUCUUUGAGAAGAUGACUGUGACAUUCAAGACCUCUACCUUCUCGAAACCUGCGCGUCUCGAAGCGCUAUCAAGGAUAGGCCGUCACGUCAAGACUUUCACCUUCCACAUGCCACAUGGUUCGGACACCUGCUUGCCGCCCAUCAUUGAUCCUUGCACUGGCACAGAGAAACAAUUCAUCUACGAGCCGCAAGUUCAGAUACCGCAACAUGGUCCGGCCAAGGACAAGGCACCCAAGUAUGGAAGCUGGGAGAUGCAAGAUCUACUCAUCAAGCAGUAUCCACCGCUUUUCCAUGCCGCAACAAAUGUUCCUGCAUUUUGCGCUGCCUUCUCUGAACUGAUCAACCUCACACAUCUCAAGGUCUCGUGUCCAGGAUCUACCGGCUCACUUCGACACCGACGGGGUGUAGUCGACUAUGCGCUCAUCUCUCUUCGCAUCGCCGUCGAGCGCGCUCCACUGUACAGUCUCUCUGCCCUUUCCCUUCAUCCAAUCCACCCUGGCGGCCUCUUGUACCUUCACCCCAUGCACGGCUUCGGCAGCACACCCUCCUCGGCCAAGCGCUGGUCUCAAAUACGUCGCCUCUCAAUCUGCAUGGAAAGUAUACCCUUCACCUCAAGCUCCUCACGUACACGCGCCCAAUCUGUAGAACACCUACGCAUCUUACAUGCCUACCUCUCAACCCUCUCCCGUGGUCUAACCCGGCUCUUCUUCCGCUGGAAAGGCGAGCGCGGACCCUCUCCCUUAUCCCUAGACCGGGAACCCUGCAUGCUUCCUAGCCAAGAAGAAAGCACUCACCCCUCUCUCCGCGGCCAAACCCAUGGUCCCCGUCCUCUCAAGUUCCCCCGCCUCCGUGUUAUGGAAUUGGAAAAUGGGCUCAUGGACUCGGCACAAAUCAGUGACUUCAUCACAAAGCACAAGCGCAGCCUGCGCGAAUUCAACUUUGAAGAUGUCAAAUUACGCGAAGGGGAUUGGGAUCUCGCUCUCGAACCUCUGACCACCAUCACCGGUAGCGAAAGCUGGAAACAGUAUCAAGAAGAGGUCAUGGAUGUUCCCAUCAUGCUGUCGCCUGUUGAUGCUGAACCUAGGGUCAUGGGCCCAUUACUCGAGGAAGUUGAACAGGCGAUUGAGGAAGUGAGCGGCAAGGAGAGGAGGGAACAUGCGCUGAGCAGGUGGUUGGGAAGACCAAGACAGUCGAAGAAAGAUAGCUUUUGGGGUGGGGGAAAGCGCUUUUUGCAUCUUUCGUCAUGGAAGGGGAGUUCACCUGUCAUGGUGAGGUAA